CACAUUUCACAUUUCACACACUUUACACAUUUCAUACACUUCACAUUCGCCAUUUUAAAAUUGCUGCUUCUGCUGCUGUUGUGCGCCCGAGACCGUGCCAGUUCGAUGCACUCCACUGGGACGUCCACGCUGCAUUCACAAAAGAGGGCCCAUUACGUGGCCAACACCCACGCUGCCUGACGAUGACGAUGACGAUGACGAUGACGAUAAGCGGUCGGAUAGGUGUCGCAUGUACGGGAAGAUGCUGCAGGUUGAGCAGGAUCUCUGUGAGCAGCAGCAGCAGCAGCAGCAGCAGCAGCAGCAGUGCUAGCUGGAAGGUACGCCCACUCUCUUCUCUAGCGCUUGGGCCAUCUCACCCUUACUCUGCAGCAGCGAGGUGCGAGCUUUGUCGUCUCAGUGCCUACGCCAGCGCAGGCACAGGGAUAGGCACAGCUAGAGGCAGAGGUACGGUAGCAGGGCCCUGUAGCCGAUCCUUCUCUAGCAGUGCUCAUGCUCGCGCUAGCUCGAGCACAGCCUCAUCCACACCCACACCCACACCCACACCCACACCCACACCCAACAAGGCCAUCUCGACGUAUCGCAACAUUUCCAUUUGGGGUCACAUAGACGCCGGCAAGACAUCCCUGACUGAAAAAUUGCUCUACCUAUCCGGCGCUCUUCAUGCUCCUGCUCCAGCUGCAGCAAGAACAAGUGGCGCUGCUGCUGGUAAAGGAGAAGAGGAGAUGGACGAAGAGGAGAAGGAGAAUGUCGUGAUGCUAGGUUCCGCACCUGGAGAUGUGGAUAGCGGGAAUACGGUGACUGAUUUUCUGGAGGAAGAGCGCCGAAGAGGUAUCACGAUCCAAAGCGCCGCUGUUGGUCCUUUCAAAUGGAACAUUACCCCUGCAGCAAUGACUGUCCAGCAUCGAGAUCAAAGUGCGAAAGAUCAGCAGGGAAGGCCUGCAACUGCGUCGCCAUCUUCAUCGGUGCCGAGCAGAGCUAAUGUCACCCUGGUGGAUACGCCUGGACAUGUGGACUUUACCAUCGAGGUGGAGAGAGCACUUAGAGUCGUAGACGCUUGCGUCGUCGUGCUGGAUGGCGUGGCGGGCGUGGAAUCUCAAACGAGGAACAAUUGGAACAUUUCUGCUCGGUAUGGACUGCGGUCUCACAUGGUCUUCAUCAACAAGCUGGACCGAGCUGGCGCAUCCGUCUCUCGUUGUCUGCGCUCCAUCGUCCGCACGCUUCAUCCCCAACCUUUUUUGCUCCAACUACCCAUCCCAGCUAUCAAAUCCUCCUCGGCCGAAAGCACAACCCUGGCAGGUCUCAUCGACGUGCUUCAUCUGCGCGCUCACACUUAUACAGGCGAAGCGGGGGAGAUAAUGAGAAGCUUGGAGCUGCAAGAGGCCAUGGCAGAGGGACUCGUGCAGGAGGAAUUGGCGCGAGAGUGCAAGAGGGCUAGACAUGCCCUGGUGGAGAGCGCAGCUUCUCUGGACGAUGAGCUGCUGGAAGAAUUGUUGGAUCUGGAUGCUUCAUCUCAAGGCGCAAGCACAGGUUCUGCUCACGAGAACGUGUCGGCGCAAAGUUUGUUAAAGGCUCUGCGUCGGCUCGUUCAGCGAGGAGCAGCAUUGCCUGUCCUGCUCGGUAGCGCGAUGAAAGGCAUUGGAGCACAAAACGUCCUCGACUAUGUAGUGCAGCUCUUUCCUAGUCCGGAUCAGGCUGGCGAUCCGGACGCUUCGAGGCAGAGGGGCAUCAAAGAGGAGAGCGGUGCCGUUUGGGCCGAACUUUCGCCGGAAGCGGAUAGCGGCAAGGGCGGCAGAACGACGAGAAGGGCAAUUAUGUCGACAAUUCCAUCGGGUCAGACUAGAGGUGGAGGUGGCGGUGGCGCUGUUCAAGGAGCACCUCCUGUCCCUGCUGCCGCCGAUGCUUUGACAGGCGCAACUCUGGACGCAGACAACCGCGUAGCCGUGAGCAUAAACGAUUCGGAGCUCUCGCUGCUCGCUUUCAAAGUGGUGCACGAUAAGCGUAGAGGUCCAUUGACUUUUGUGCGCAUCUAUUCGGGCACCAUGAGUCGAAGCACUACGCUGUUCAACACGAGUAGCGGAGAAAAGGAGAGGAUAAGCAAGAUGAUGCACGCCUUUGCGGAUCGGUACGACGAGACUUUGUCCUUGGGAGCGGGACAGAUUGGCGUGCUUUUCGGAUUGAAGGACACUAGGACUGGAGAUACGCUGGUCGAUCUCAAAACCGUCAAUACGUCGUUUCCAAAGGCGAAAGGGAAAGCAGGAGCUUCGACGAUGCAAACGCCUUGGGCUAGACAUGCCAAGAGACUUCGACUUAGAAAGGUGCAUGUUCCACCGCCCGUCUUUAGCAUGUCUGUCGAAGCUCGCUCCAAAUCGGACGAGGAAGGGGUGCACGAAGCCUUGUCCAUGCUAGUUCGCACGGAUCCCAGCCUGCGACUGGAUCAGGGACAACAGCGGCAGAAGCAAAGACAAGGUUCGUCCGCAUCAACUUUCGACUCGUCCUCAUCGUCAGCAGAAAUGACGAGUCUGGGAUCGGCAGGAACGGGACAGACGGUGCUUUCGGGAAUGGGAGAGCUUCACUUGGAGAUUGCCAAAGGACGCUUGACGGAAGAGUUUGGGGCGAAUGCGAGGAUGGGAAGCGUCAGGGUGUCGUAUAGGGAGACUUUGAGAGACGAGUCGAAAAUCUGCACGGUCAGCGAGACGCUGGACAAGGAUGUGCUGGGGAAAAGGCUCAAGGCGGCCAUCACGCUGGAUGUGAGAAGGCUCAGGCAAGAGGAGGAGGAGGAGGAGGAAGGAGAAGAAGAGACGGAUGAGCUGGAAAGGCUGGGGGGUGGCAAUAGGCUCGAGAUUCGACUUGGAGAUGCGGAAUUUGGAAACGAGUCUAGAUCGGCUGCGGAAAAGGCGGAGAGCAUUGCCAGACAUGAGAAAGGAGGAGGCAAACAAUUCGUGGAGGAGGAGCAGUCUGCAGGUGCUGCGGGUUCAGGCAGCAACAGCGGCAGCGCAUCCGCAUCAUCGCCCAUUCAUCCCGAUACGCUCACUCCUCAAACUAUGCGCCAAGCGUUGCGAGCUGGCAUAACCGCUGCGCUCUCUCGCGGUCCGUUGACUUCCAAUCCGAUAGAAGGUUUGCGCAUAACUUUGCGAAAUCCUCAAACUUUCGGAGCAGAAUUCACGCCGGCUAGAGCUCUAUCCAUCGUAGCUCGUGCUGCUCUUUUGCGCGCCCUGAAAGAAAGCUCGACUUCUCCUGAUGAGAGAACAAUGGCAGCAGGAGCAGGAGCAGGAGCAGGACCAGGAGCAGGAGGGAUGAUGAUGAUGGAACCGAUGAUGCACCUGCAAGUCACGUGUCCCGAAAACAGUUUGGGAAGAGUCGUGGCGGAUCUGACGACGCAACAAGGAGCUAGCGUGGUUGGCGUGGAUCAUGAGGAUGCAGCUCUGCAUGGCGAUGGAGCUGUGGAGGAUCAAGAAAGCGCAGCAGGUAUUUACCUCCCGCCAGAAGAUCAAGAUGGAACGGAAGGUGUUGCUGCUCACCUCUCUUCAAGUUCCAACGCGAGCUCUUCCCAGAGCAUCGCUGCUUCCUCUUCUUCUUCAUCAACCUCGACCACGACGACGGUACAUGCCCUUGCGCCCCUCUCCAACCUCGUCAGUUAUAGCUCCAGAUUGAGAGCUCUUACGGCCGGCAGUGGGACUUUUACGAUGCAGCUGCAGGGUUUCAGACCUUGCGCCAAUGCGGAGAGGGAGAGGGACAUUUUGAGAGAGUUGGGAAGAAUGUGAAAAUGCUGCAAUACAUGCGAUGCAUGUGACACCUCAGCCCCCCACCCGGCGGCCCCCUUUCCCCCUCGUACUUUAAUGAUGACCUUCCUCUUUUCGCCAAUGAAAAUCGACGAUGCAUUUCGGCCG